AUGCUAAACGAGGAUGGACAGUGCACCGCGGAGAAGAGCAAUGACGAGGAACCGGAAGUAUGCGAGGUACCCUUUCAUGGCCAGCUUAACUACCUGCUCUGCGACUCGCCGAUUUUGAACAGCGUGGAGGCGAACGUGAUCCAGAAAAACUCCAAGUCCUGCCAGCAAUUCCGUUGCGACGGCUGUGGCAGAGCGUACACGAGAGUUGACAGCCUAAAACGUCAUCAGCAGAAGUGCGACGAGUUUCUGGCGUCGUUCCAGGACCGGCAGGAAACGCUAGAGAGGCUUCAGCAGCAGGAAUACUAUUGUAAUCAAUGCGGCAAAUCGUACAGAAGGCUAGAUACUCUGCGCCGGCAUCAGCGACAAGUGUGCGGCGUGGACCAGCCGGAGGAGUACGAUGCCCUGUGGAUGCUGGAGCGGAAAGCGCGCAGCAUCGGCCAGGAGAGCCAGGAGUCCCUUCCGUUCCCGAGCAAGUCGUACUCGCCGUCGAAGGUGCACGAUACUCUAGGGCCCGGCGGCGAUUAUCCGUUUGUUCAGAUAUACGACAGAGACUCCUUCGCGCCGAUGAUACAGACCCACUACAAUUGCACCGAUUGCGGCAAGAAAUACAAAUGGCUGGACAGCCUGAAGAGGCACCAGAGAGUCGACUGCGGCAACAAGGAGAAGAAGUUCUCCUGUCACGCGUGCGAUCGAAAGUUCAAGUAUCGUUACGAAUUACGGAACCAUAUCGCCGCGCACCACGGCGGGUGA